ACAUAAUGAACCCUGUGAGUGCAUUUCUCUCCUGCUGCAAGGAACGCAUGUCUACAGUCCUCACCAGUGACGGCAUCCGAGAGGAAAGAGGGUUUCUGGCGCCUCUGACUGUGGGAAUCUGUGUCAGACAGCUGGAAAAUGCCUCAAGAUGACAAGUUUAAGCGGGAGCGCUGAUUCGGAGCGCACGUUUCCAAAAGCGCAUGAGAGACGCGCAACACGCCAGCGGACUUUGGAGAGGAUAGAGCGCACAGGAGCGCACAGCUGUUUCCUUGUAAUCUGAACGGACUCCGGCUCUCCCUUCCGUCAUCAUGGAUGGCUUAAAUUGGACGAUGAUUUCUGAGAGCGACGGCGUCUCUCCCUCCCAGCCGUUCCGCAGCUCCCCCACCUCCAGGAAUACGUCAGAGAUGGCUACUCCGAUGCCCUUUGAUGUGGUCACCGCCGUCGUCUACACCGUCGUCUUCAUCGUGGGUCUCCUGGGAAACACUCUGGCCAUCUACGUGGUGGUCCGCUAUGCCAAAAUGAAGACAGUGACCAACAUGUACAUCCUUAAUUUAGCCCUGGCGGAUGAACUCUACAUCCUGGGGAUUCCAUUCUUGGGCACCAACAGCGUGCUCUCUAACUGGCCAUUUGGGGAUUUUUUCUGCAAGGUGUGCAUGACUGCCGACACCAUGAGCCAGUUUGCUUCCACCUUUUGCCUGAUAGUGAUGAGCAUCGAUCGUUACAUGGCCGUGGUUCAUCCGAUCCGCAGUUCUAAAUGGCGGAAACCUCAGGUGGCAAAGGUUUUAAACGGCAUGGUUUGGGUCGUGUCCUUCUUGGUGGUUCUGCCGGUCACGAUUUACUCAAAUGUACAGGAAGAGCUGAACACCUGUAACAUCACCUGGCCUGAUCCGCAAGAGCUGUGGGCCGUCGUCUUCAUCCUCUACACAUCCAUCCUGGGCUUCUACGGUCCUCUGGUCAUCAUCUGCCUCUGCUACCUGCUCAUUGUCAUCAAGGUGAGGUCUGCAGGUGUGCGAGCGGGCCUGACUAAGCGCCGUAAGUCAGAGCGUAAGGUGACGCGCAUGGUGGUGAUCAUCGUGGUCGUGUUCGUACUUUGCUGGUUUCCCUUCUACACCACCAACACAGUCAACCUGAUCCACAUCAUCCCCGAGACCAAAGCCACCACCGCCAUCUACUUCAUCCUGGUCAUCCUCACAUAUGUCAACUCCUGUGCCAACCCCGUCCUCUACGGCUUCCUGUCCGACAACUUCAAGCAGAGCUUCCAGAAGGUGAUCUGCGUCCACAAGCCCAACAGUGUCUGCACGACGGAGAAGAAGAGAGGCAGGAAGAAGGCACCGCAGGAAAACCACGUUCCCAUUGGAACGGAAUGGAAAACAGCAGAGCGCUCAGCAGCAGGUCCAGCUUGAAGUCAUUGGAGACUUCGACAGCGAGCCUUUAACUUCAAAAACAGUCGUCAACAGCCAGACAUGCCUAUGAUGCUCAUCCUGACGCACCACAAACUACAACCAAGCACCAUUAACCCGUGAUCCGUUGACUGAUUGGAAAUGUAUCCGUCUUGAACACUGAUGCUCUCUGUGUCUCGGGACUUUGCUCGGAGGACUUAAAGAGGAAAUUGGAGAUAAGACAACAUGAAGCGUCCAUCAUUCAACUUGAGAUUCUUGCUUGAACUUUAUUUCUUUGUGAUGUGAGGCGCUGCUGUAUCAAACUGAAGCCAACACUAAAUACAGUGUUGGUUAUUGACCAGCGCUUAGUUAGUUUUUAAAUAUAUCUGUUCUGCAGUAAAGCCUUAAAAAUAACUUUCAGGUAUGGAAGAAGUUGCUGUUAGAAAAGUCCAUUUUGAGGCUUUUUUUGAACAGGUGACUUCCCCCUGCUCAAUGCCGUUCUCAUUUGAUCUGCUCUAUCUGUGCUGUGGUUCCUCUCUUCUGUUGUUCUUUUCCCUCCUUUAGAAUAUGCAGUAUUUUAUUUGCAUUGUGAUAGAUAGUGUGACCUGGUGGUUCAUUGAGAUGGUUUGAAUAUUGUUGCUGGUCAUGGCUCUUAUAUUUCCUUUGGUGCGUCAUCUUUUAAAAGCUUUUUAUACGUUUUGAAAAAAAAAAAGGCCCGUGCAGUCGAGGAUCUUCCUCCUGUGGAUUUUUAAUUCCUCCUCUUUGUUCUGAAACGACUUCUCCUUCAGUGGACGCACACCGUGGUCAAACUCAUCCUUUGAACCUCAGAAACAAACUGUCUACUGAGGAAUCUGAUGAACUAUGAACUUCGACUUAAGAUGCUGACAUUAUUUUGGAAGUUGCUGGACAACACUGUUUGAAUCUCUGUAGUUAAAUAAGUCAUGACCAUGUGAACACGUUCCUGGUGAGUCUGAGCUUUUUAACGAUGAAACCACCCUGUGAGAGGAAACCUCGACCAGGAGACGAGGGGAUUCUCUUUUCUUUCUUGUUUUUGAUAGAAACACUGUGAAUUUUAAAAUAUUGGGUCAUUUUAGAAAUGGACUCUUGGUUUCCUCAUACGUUUGAAACCAAUAUUAACUUAGUCGCUCUGUAAAGGAAUCACAUCUUGAUUAUUAAUAAACGAUCAUGUCUGUUUUG